AUGUCAGGCCUCACAAACAUCUACAAAGACGACGUAGAUUUCGCCGCACUAGCUCUCCAGGACGCCGAUUUCGCCGCCGUCCUAAAAGCCAACGGCCAACUCGACUUCAGCAACCCAGAAUCCGUCCAACAACUCACUAAAGCCCUUCUCAAACGAGAUUUCGGUUUCAAGCUCUCGCUGCCGCCGGAUCGGUUGUGUCCGCCUGUCCCAAACCGCUUAAAUUAUUUACUAUGGAUUCAAGAACUACUCUCGACUACUGGUGAGAACUACGGAGAUGAAUUUGAUCCUGAGAGGGAGGUGUUGGGAUUGGAUGUUGGGACGGGCGCGAGUUGUAUUUAUCCGUUGCUUGCGUGUUCGAAGUUGGGGAAGUGGAGGUUUGCGGGGACUGAUGUGGAUGAGAAGAGUUUGCAGUUCGCGAGGGAGAAUGUGAAGUUGAAUGGGAUGGAGAGGAGGAUUAAGCUUUUGAAGACAGAGAGGAGUGGGCCGAUGAUUCCGCUCGAUGGGUUGGGGUUUGAGAACAUCGAUUUCACAAUCUGCAACCCGCCUUUCUACAUAUCCACACCCCAAAUGAUCCAAUCCGCCUCCCAAAAACUCCGCCAACCAUUCACAGCCUGCACAGGAUCUGAAAGCGAGAUGGUCACCGAAGGCGGUGAAAUCGCCUUCGUGUCCCGCAUGAUCACGGAAAGUCUUGUUCUCAGAGAUAGAGUACAGUGGUACACUUCCAUGCUCGGCAUCUUCUCGAGCGUCUCGAUCUUGAUUCAGAAACUGAAGGCAAAUGGGAUUGAAAAUUAUGCUGUGACGGAAUUUGUGCAGGGGAAGAAGACGAGACGGUGGGGUCUGGCGUGGAGUUUUGAGGAUUUGAGGCCGAGGAUGGCGGUUGCUAGGGGUGUGGGAAGUGUAACGAAGGCAUUAUUGCCAUUUCCGAGUGAGUAUUGUAUUAAUUUCGAUAAUGACACCAGUGUCGAAACAAUCAGCAAGCACAUCAACGAUAUUCUAUCCGAGUUACCGCUCAACUGGAUGUGGAAAGCUAGUAUAUCCACCGGAUUAGGCUUUUGCCAGAAAGCCGUAUGGUCUCGGGCGGCUCGUCGGCAGGCUGUUCAGAAAGAUAAGGAUAUGAAUGAUGAUGAUGAUGAUGAUGCGGCAUUGGGAUUCAAAAUAUAUGUGGAAGAAAAUGUGGAGGACGAGGCAGGCAUUCGAGUGACUAUUAGGUGGUUAAAAGGGAGAGACUCGGUACUGUUUGAAAGCUUUUGUGGGAUGUUGAAGAGGAAGUUGGAUGAGUUAUCGACAUAA